UCAGCAACAAUACCAAAUUUGGCGUCAUUUGCAUCUAUUCGUAUACCACGCAUAAAGGUCGAUUGAUAAUUAGAAUGAGAAGAGCCAAGGGAUUACCUCCCUUACCUCCCGGGAUAUCAACCACCACCCCCAUGGGCCACUUGGUUAUACAUUUUUCAAGUGCUUUAUUGACAGCACGUCGCGACGAUAUGCACGGAAGUUGAAACACGGAUGAACUACAAUGUAGUUUGGAUAUAUCUUAAUCAUUUUUAAUAUAUCAUUUGUUGGCGAAUUUUAUUUUGAGAGGAAUAUUGAGGAUAGUGGUAUGCGUCUCCAAGCAGGGCACAAACUAAAAUGUCAGCACUUUCUUUGAUACAAUGACCGGAACAUACUGUUAUCAUAGGGUUAAUCUCAGAAACGAUUUUUGAAUAAUGAAAAAUUUUGUAUUAUUUUAACAUAAUGAUUAAAUUUUACUGACAUAAUCAAUAUAAAUAGAUUAUGUAUAUCCCUAUGGGUGUGUGGUGUACGUGUGUCUAUAUUUAACACUGAUAAAUCUAUGUCGAGACGUUUCCUUAUGUACACAUGUUUAACCUAAACCGAAAGUAGAUCCGAGCUUAAUCGAAAGUAGGAAAUAACAGGUAAGAUCUCGUAACGGAAGCUUGAGUUAAUCAUGUACAGAAUGUAAAUUUAAUUUACGGAUGGAAACGUGUGAAUAUCUUCCAUUUUAAUGGAAAACCUACGGUGAAUACGAUCUAAAGUAUUGUCAAUAUCGUCGCAGUGUUAAUCUAAUAUGGGGGCCUGUUCGUCUGGACAAGCACGCAAACCUCAGGAGAAGGAACUUACGGAGGUCCUUAUGAAAUGUUCAAGACAUGUACGACCAAACGUGUUUGAAUCAAUUAUAGAUCUUCUGAAACAACACGAAAUUAUUUCAGAUUCAUGGAGUACGGCAAAGAUUCCUACACUUCUCCGGAGGUCACGAUCGCUUUCAAAUAUUGAACAGUCUAACGUCAAUAAAAAUAAUGAAGAGAAAUAUCAUGGUAGAACGCCUCCUCUAAAACAACAUCAGCAAAACGACAAUCACAGACCAGAAGAUAAAGUUAAGCGAUCACAAAAUAAGAAACAAACUUUUAAGGUGAACAUUCGCAAUAAUGAACAGCUUCCAGCAAUACUGGUUCGAAGUGAAGGUGACAACAAUUUGCAGCAACGUAAAACGAUUAUGAAAGACAACAACAAAUUUGAUUCAACACCAGCUGCACAGACACAUUUGAAACAUGAAGUACAUUUAGCCAGAAAUAAUGAGUCUGAAGCAGCGAAAGGGGGCGACCCUCUCCUUCGUGAUAAGAAGGAAUUUGUUUCUAGGCCAGAACAUGUGCAAGCAUGCACAUCUAACAGGAAGACAGAGAAAAGUGUGCAGACACAAUUUUCCGGUGAAAAGACAAAGAAAAAUGUGCAAACACAAACCUUUAAUAUGAAAACAAACAAAAAUGUGCAGUCACAGACUGACAGGAAGCCAAAUGAACCUUUGCGGGUACAGACUGUUGACAGAAAGAGUAAUGAAAGUCUGCAGACACAGUCUUCUAUUGGAAAAGCAACGAAAAAUGUUCAGACACAAACGGUUAACAGAAAAAAAAGCGAAAGUAUGCAGACACAGACAGCAGAAAUAGUUGAAGAAAAUAAGUGUUUAUUAUCGAAAAUUUCACAAUUAGAAGAAAUGAUUGGAAAAUUACAAAACAAUAUCGACAAAAAAGAUAUACAACUCAGGACAGUGCAGACAAGCGAUGAAAUCUUGAAACAAGAACAGAAAACAAAGGACGAAAGACAGAAAGCUCUACACGAUGAUGAGAAAACGAGAAUGCGAUCUAACAUGGAAAUACAUCAAAGGGAUAACCAAAGGUUGAAAUCGGAACUUUGUGUCUGCAAAAACGAGCUGAAGUCUGUAAAGUCGAACAAAGAAAAACUGACAGAGGAGCUGGAAACAUUACGACAAGAGUAUCAAACAACCCGUACAGACCAUGGGGAACAGACUGUGUCACUCAAACGAGAGAAGUCUGCUUUACAACAUGAUAUCUCUGUGUUGGAAAAACAACUGAAUGACUGUAAAGACGAACUGAACAUAGUACUGUCAAACAAAGCCACAUUGUCAAAAGAACUGGAAUCAUUACAACAGGAAUAUCAUACUAUCCGUACUGACCUUGAGGAACAGAAUGUGUCACUCAGGGGAGAUAACACUGCUCUGCUGUCAACACUCGAAAAACAACAACGAAACAUUUCUAUGAUGGAAAGGCAACUAGAUGAAGAGUAUAGGGAAUCUCGAAGACUACAUAGAGAAGUCGGACCUAGCGAUAUGAUAGAUCUACAAUGGAGAGACGAACCAAUAUUCGACAAGCAGUAUCUACAGAACUUGAAGGAGGAGGUUGAACAUUUCUGGCCACUACGGGAUAUGGGCGUGGCUGAGGACGCCUUACGACAUGUAAACAUCCUGUUUGUCGGACCCAUUGGUGCCGGGAAGUCCAGCUUCAUAAAUUCGGUAGAAUCUGUCUUUCGUGGCUAUGUGACCAUGACUGCUAGUGCUGGAAGUAGGUCAAAGAGCUUAACGUCAAUGUACCAUCAGUAUCAGAUACUAUCCUCGGACAACAGACAUCCCAUGAAGUUUCAGUUGUGUGACUGCAGAGGGCUGGAAGACAGAGUUGGUAUUAGUAGAGAUAUCGAUUCCAUUUUAGAAGGACAUAUCCCCGACAACUAUGUGUUCAACACCUCUUUUCCGAUAAUAAGCAACAUGGAAGGAUACAAAUCCUUCCCACGACUGGAGAACAAAAUCCACUGUGUCGUGUACGUCCUGGACGCUUCAACCUAUUCUGCUGAUCUCGCCAUCCCCUUUGUGUCGGAUCCUGUGAGGAAGUCAAUCAAGGCUAUCCAGGAAAGUGUAGAUCAGAAAGGAAUUCCUCAACUCGUCAUACUUAGCAAAGUGGACAGUGUUUGCGAAUCGACGCGACAAGACACCUCGCUAGUAUACCAAAGUCCCGUAAUCAGACAAAGGUGUAUAGAUGCUGCUGGCUUUCUCGGUGUACCGCCGAUGCUCGUACUACCAAUGAAAAACUACAUACUGGAAACAUCUACUACGGAUGACAUUAGUAUCCUUGCCUUGUACAACAUCCGGCAGAUGCUGCGAGCUGCCGACUCCUACCUCCGUGUAAACCAUCUCAGCGAACUAAGGGACUACAGGCAUGACUAAUUGAAACAACAAACGGUACCAUAACGGCAUAAAAUAACCUAAAAAUGUGUGAUUCAUAUGCAGGAGAUAUGUGUAUUCGACAGUUAUUCUUUCUAGUCCAAGUAAAUUUCUUUACAUAGAAAUAUUUAGAUUUCCAUACAUCAUUCUGUACAGGUAUUUGUUUGAACAGAAUUGUGGUGAAACAUCAUAAUGGCUAAAACGGUGUGUUCAAAUCAUGAAAUGAAAACGUGUUUAGCUUCACUGCUUAACCUUUUUCAUAAUCGUAUAAUAAAAACAAACUUGAUUGAUUUGUCUUUUAUUCCAGUAUCUUAAUACCAUAAGCCUUGCCAAUGCUUCAGACAAAAAGAGUCAUGGUAACUUUCUUUGAUUUGGUAUAAUAAAGACAGUACACUUAACACAAACACAACAAUGACAUGGUAGAAAAUUUCAUAAUUUUAUUGAUAUCCAAUGGACAUGUUAAUAUCGACAGCAAAAAUAAGAUGUUCUUUUAUCACGACAGAACCACAUUUUGUAACAUACCUGUACUGACAUAUCAAAUCACGACUAGAAAUAUUGACAACAACCAAAAUACAAGUAACAUAUAAACGCUGGAAUAGUUCAUGCAAUGAUUCAUCAAUUAUGAAAGCAACAUUAUUCCUGACAAUAGUAGCUAUUUACAAUCAUGAUAAGUUAC